AUGUGCAAAGAAUUUCUUCCGAAUUUCUACCAGUAUCUGACGAAGCAGGGGGCAUAUUAUUUGUUGAAUGAGGAAGACGACAAGACAUUUCGGUACAAACAAAAUUUCGGGGAGAUGGGGCAAGUGGAAAACAUGGAUGACGUCGUGUCCGGUUCAUCUAAGAAAAUCGAGAUCCACGUCAUGUCACACUGGCGAGAAGCAAAGAAAGGGAUACAAGCACAGCGUGAACGUCUACUCGGGGCAACAGCUGCAGUAGCUGGACGGGAAGAAAGAGGAGAACAAGCACAAUCAGCACAUUCCGAUUCGUUCAAAACCGACGUGUUUAAAAAAUUGAUGAGAAAUAACGUCGAGCUGAAUAUCCCGUUCGCGGAAGUGCUUUCUUUCGGCGAUGGUGAGGACGAAAAGGAGGCUAUGCGGGAACUGGAGAAAGUCGUAAGGCUGGAACAUCAAGGCGAGCGCCAGGCAAAGCAAGUGCAAGAGCAAGGAACGAUGAAGAUGAACGACGCGGCCGCUCUUACUACAUACUCCGACUUCAUCUCAUCAAGCGGAGCAGGAGCUGCAUUUACGGGAGGUCUGGGUCUCCUUGCGCCGGAACGUCAGCAUGUCUUCGCGCCCCCUUCUAUCUCGUCUGAGCGACAUGCGGAACAUGAGCUGCGCGGCCCCAGCGUUCGCGGGUUGUCUC